AUGCCAGUGGGCAUGGACUUUGAGAAUUUAAGGACUGUCACCAUUUCAAAUUCCUCUUUCUUCUUCCUGAUCGCAGUACAAGAUUGUCUUUGUCGCGCUAGUCACACAAAGUCUCCGGUACUAGCCAAGACUCGUCAGACUGGUUCUCUAUGGAUCAUCAGUGACUUCUUUCUUCACCUCACUUUAGCCUACAAAGCCAGGGAUGAGCCCAGCAGAGGCAUAAACUCAGUCGCGGACCAGCCACCCCAGGUCUCGGAUCUUGCUAGUCAGCGAUGUAUCGGUGAGUUCCUGGCUCCUUUCUACCCAGCAACUUGUAGUCUGCAGUGGUCUGAGGCACGCAAGGACUUGCCGCCUGUGGUGAGGGCCAGGAAGAGAACUCGUGUGGAGCCCUGGGUUAUUGGCCUCAUCUCUUUUUUAUCCCUGAUUGCCCUGGCUGUGUGCAUUGGGCUCACCGUUCACUAUGUCAGAUACAAUCAAAGAAGGACCUACAAUUACUACAGCACAUUGCCGUUCACAAGUGAUAAGUUAUAUGCUGAGUUUGGAAAAGAGGCUUCUAAAAAUUUCACAGAAAUGAGCCAGAGAAUUGAAACUAUGGUGAAAAAUGCAUUUUAUAGAUCUCCACUGAGGGGACAACUUGUCAAGGCUCACAUUAUCAAGUUCACUAAAGAAUACGAUGGAGUGUCGGCUCACAUGCUGCUGAUUUUUCGAAUUCGCUCUACUGAGGAUCCUGAAACUGUGCACCAAAUAGUUGAACAUGUUCUGCAUGAAAAGCUGAAAUAUGCUACAGGACCCCCCAAUGUUGAUCCUGAAUCAGUUGAAAUUAAAAAAAUCAACAAGACAGAAACCGACAACUUUCUCAACCAUUGUUGUGGGACACGGCGGAAUAAAUCAACAGCACAGACUAGCCUCAGGAUCAUUGGCGGGACACAAGCAGAGGAGGGAGAAUGGCCAUGGCAAAGUAGCCUGCAGUUGGAUGGCUCCCAUCGCUGUGGAGCAACUUUGAUCAACAACACAUGGCUUGUGAGUGCCGCUCACUGCUUUCGAACGCACAAGGAUCCGUCGAGUUGGACCGCUUCCUUUGGGGCAACAAUACAACCUCCAAAACUGAGGACUGGCCUGCGGAGGAUAAUUGUCCACGAAAAAUACAAAUACCCAUCUCAUGACUACGAUAUUGCGCUCGCUGAGCUUUCUAGGCCGGUCCCCUGCACAAAUGCAGUGCACAAGGUUUGCCUUCCGGAUGCAAACUAUGAGUUCCAGCCGGGACAGCAGAUGUUUGUGACAGGAUUUGGAGCAAUGCAAGAUGAUGGAUUUUCGCAGAAUCGCCUUCGGCAAGUUCAGGUGGAUUACAUAGAUUCCCAAACCUGCAAUCAACCUCAAUCUUACAAUGGUGCCAUCACGCCUAGGAUGUUGUGUGCUGGCUUCCUAAAAGGAGAGAAAGAUGCAUGCCAGGGUGACUCCGGAGGACCACUGGUUGCUCCAGAUGCUAGAGAUAUCUGGUACCUUGCUGGAAUAGUGAGCUGGGGAGAUGAAUGUGGCCAACCCAAUAAGCCUGGUGUUUAUACUAGAGUGACUGCUUUCCGGGACUGGAUUGCUACCAACUCUGGUAUCUAA